CUUCUGUGUGCCUCUUCUCGGAAGUGUUUUUUCGAUUUCCUUCUCUGCAACCAUUGCCCUAAUUGACCUUAUUCGACGCAAGGAUCUAUCUUGUUCGCACGCCUUUGGGAACAUAAAGCUUCUGCUGCGUUUGGAAAAUUACAAGCAUGUUUGGUUCAACAAACCCUAUUGGGCAAUCAUCUUCAAGUCCACUUGGCUUCCAAUCAGUUUUUGGGCAGACCAAUGCAUCGAGUAGCGGCCCUUUUGUCCCAAAGCCAUUUGGUAGUACAACACCACUUGGCUCAAAAACUAGUUCUUUGUUUGGAGGUGCUUUGACUGGCGUAGUUGGUGCAUCUUCCCUCUCUUCAACGACCACCUUUGGUGGUUCUUCUUUGCCAGCCUUUGGCAGUUCAGUGCCUGCUUUUGGGUCAUCUUCAACUUCAGCUUUUGGCAAUUCAUCUUCAUCGUUUGCAGGGUUGUCUACCUUUGGCCAAAAACCUGCUUUUGGAGAGUUUGCAGCUUAUGCUCGAAUGAGUCCUUUUGGAGGUGCUGGACAACCAUCACAAACGGCAUUUGGGAGCAGCAUAUUCGAUUCUUCGACACAUUUUGGUGCGUCAUCUCAGCCAACACUUGGCUCUACGAGCACCCCCGUCUUUGGUUCUGCAAGCACUGCUGCCUUUGGUUCUACAAGCGCCCCAACAUUUGGGGCAACUAGCGCCCCUGCAUUUGGUUCAACCUCAAGUCCAACUUUUGGCCACACAUGGAAUGCGGUUGGUGUAAGCUCUCCUGCAUUUGGAGCUGGUGAAGGAUUUGAUGCGUCAAGUACCCCUUUAUUUCAUUGUUCAGCUAUUCCAGUAUUUGGGACUUCAUCCACUCCUGCAUUUGGUGCUUCUAGUACUCCUUCCUUUAGUUUUGGAUCCACUAUUGGUAAGUCUACUUCAGCAUUUGGUAGCAGUCCAUUUGGGAGCACUUUUUCAUCUGUUGCAGGACAAAGUUAUCCAUUUGGAUCUCAGACAACUUCAUCAGCUUUUGGAAGCACUGGUAUUGAGAACUCUGGUUCGGGGGGUCAUCGGGGUGGGAGUAGAGUCAUUUAUUAUGCACCAAUGACUGAAGAAGAUGGUGGUACCUCUAAAUUGGAGUCCAUAUCAGCUAUGCCUAUUUACAAAGAUAAAAGCCAUGAGGAGCUAAGAUGGGAGGAGUAUCAAAUUGGAGAUAAAGGAUCUCAGAUGACUUCAUCAGCUUUUGGAAGUACUUCGACAUCUACAUUUGGAUUUUUGUGUAUGAGAUGCAUAUUGGUAUUUUUCGACCUCUUUUCAACUUUUCGAGGACAGAGAUCUCUAUUUGGAUCUCAAACCACUUCAUUAGCUUCUGGAGGUACUGGUGUUGGGCAUUCUUGUUUCGGGCGUCAGAAGGGUGGGAGUAGAGUUGUUAGUUAUACACCAACAGCUGAAGUAGAUGUUGAUACCUCUGGACGAUCUGCUAAAUUGGAGUCCAUAUCAGCCAUGCCUAUCUACAAAGAUAAAAGCCAUGAGGAGCUAAAAUGGGAGGACUAUCAAAUUGGAGAUAAAGGUGGGCCACUAAGUUUUGCUCAGUCCACUGGCUUGGUUGGCUUUAAUUCAACCACCCCCCAGAUAAACACAUUUGCUCCUUCUCCAGCUUUUGGUCAAUGGGCUGCUAAUGCUUUCUCUACUUUAACCCCUUCUAAUCCAUUGGCAAUAAUGACUUCAGCUUUUACCACUGGCUUUGGGACUUCAUCUACUCCUGCCUUCAGUUAAUCAGCCUUUGGUACUUCGACGUCAGCAGCACCACCUCCUAUUUUUAGAUCAUCAACAUCUAUAUUUUGAGCAAACUCUCCAUCACCUCAGUUUGGUUCUUCUCUUGCUCUAAGUUUAGGCAUCGGACUUGACUUGUAUGCCUCGUUGUAACUAGUAGGAUUUUUUUUUUUUUAAUGAGGUGUAUAUGUCUAUUUUCAGACCGUUGGGUAUUUUGAUAUGAUUAUUGUAUUUGGAACUUGAAUUAUUUCUCCUUUUGAAUUAUACUGCAACUGGGACAGUUCUGUUACUUGGAUGGACGUCAUUGGAAUUCUUUCAUGUGGUUGGAGCGACGUUGUUGGCUUUCUGUUAAUACAAUUAUGUUUUGAUUCAAAA